UUUUUUUUUAAAUUGUAUUUAUUUAUUUGUGCAUCACAUGGAUUGUUUCUCCAUGAUUUCCGCAUCGCACGGAUACAAACUACAGUAUUGUCAGGUCUCAUGCCACCAGCCAGAUGUGUCUACGCCUUGGAAGCACUGACUGAUGUGAGCCCCGGGACCUCCUUGUUGGCCAUCAUGGGAUGUGGCACCUCCGUUGCUACGGAGACACAAGGGAAAAGAGUUGAGACAGAUGACACAGUUAAGACUCCCUGCCCGGCUCUGACUAUGAAGGCAGCUGUUUUGAUCCAGCGAUGGUACCGGCGCUACAUGGCCCGUUUGGAGAUGAGGCGCAGGUACACAUGGAACAUCUUUCAGUCCAUUGAAUACGCCGGGGAACAGGACCAGCUACAGCUCUCCAGUUUCUUCAGUUUUAUGCUCGACAACUUCACUCAGUUGAAUGGAAAUGGACCAGACUUGAUCUCCCAGCUGCUGGUCCCGGUGGUGGACCCCUGGUUAGAUAGAGAGACCUGCUCCAACUUGAUCACUGUACCAGAGUCGUACACCGGGCCCCGACUCUCGUUUCCUCUCUCUGUCUCUGAUACGAACGCUCUCCUCGGUGCAUUUAAAGAGCAGCAGACUCUACAUGCCAGAUAUGUUCUGCAGCUGCUGUACGAGACCAAGAAGCUCCUCAAGCAGAUGCCCAACAUCAUCCACUUGUCGACAUCUUACACCAAUGAGAUCACUAUAUGUGGUGACCUGCACGGCCGGCUUGAUGACUUACUUCUCAUAUUUUAUAAGAACGGCCUUCCCUCUGUGGAGACGCCAUAUGUCUUCAAUGGGGACUUUGUGGACCGUGGGAAAAAGUCGAUCGAAGUGGUCAUCCUCCUGUUCGCCUACUUGCUGCUUUACCCCGACUACAUGCACCUGAACCGAGGAAACCACGAAGACCACAUAAUGAACCUCAGAUAUGGAUUCACAAGAGAAGUCAUGCAGAAGUACAAGACUCAUGGCUGUGAGAUCCUCCAGCUGUUUCAGGACGUCUUCAGUCUCCUGCCCGUCGCGACGGUCAUUGACGGAAAGGUCCUGAUCGUUCAUGGAGGCAUAUCAGACCAGACCGACCUGGACUUCCUCAGCUCCAUAGAGAGGCACAAGGUGAAAUCUGCCCUGAGGUUUCCCAGACGUAGUUUGGAGCAGCUGGACAUUGGUCAGUCUUGCAGACAGAUGAAAAGAGUGAGAUCACAGCCUAGCUCUCAUCCCAGCCACAGCAAGAACCACAGAACCCCCAACCAGAGAAAGAGGCGUUGCAGGCACAGCCGACAGGACAGCACUGUCUCUACUUCUUCCUCCUCCUCCUCAUCGUCCUCGUCGUCCUCUUUGCUCUGCUCUCCUCGAACGCCAUCGUGCCUCUCGCCUCGUCCGUGCCCGUCCUCUCCCAGCAUGCCUUACGCUAUCAAUGUCCUCCAAGUGCCUUUCCUGGACUCUCUCUCCUCUGUCGCCCCUCCUUUACCUCCACAACAUGAUCGAGAAUGGAAACAGAUAGUGGAUAUAUUGUGGAGUGACCCUAAAGCCCAAGAAGGCUGCAGUCCCAACAUAUUCAGAGGAGGAGGCUGCUACUUCGGCCCCGACGUCACCCAGAGACUGCUGCUCCAGCACGGACUCCAGCUGCUCAUCAGAUCCCAUGAGUGCAAACAGGAGGGAUAUGAGCUCUGUCAUGGUGGACAGGUGAUCACCAUUUUCUCAGCGUCAAACUAUUACGAGGAGGGAAGCAACCGCGGUGCCUACAUCAAAUUGGGCCGAGAACUGGUCCCUCGCUUCUACCAGUACCAAGUCAGCCGCACAACACGCAAACUCACCCUUACACAGAGAGUACGAGCUGCAGAAGGCUCGGCUCUCAAGGCCCUGAAGGAGAAGCUGUUCUCCCAUCGCUCUGAGCUGCUGUCAGGCCUCCAGCAGUACGACCACAACAACACCGGUAAUGUGUCAGUCAGUGAAUGGGCUCAGGUGUUGGAGUCUGUGCUGAGACUGGAGCUGCCGUGGAGGACACUUCGCCCGCACUUAGCACGUCUGGCACCAGAUGGCAGUGUGAAGUAUCAGUCCUGCUUCGAGAAUAUGGAACCAGGGAUUCCUCUGCCUCAGGUGACUCCAAACAUGGCUGAAACUCUGUUCAGAUACCGGACAGACAUUGAGUUAAUAUUCAACAUUAUAGACAAAGACCAUUCAGGUCUGAUCUCCAUCGAGGAGUUUCGUCACACCUGGCGUCUCUUCAGCGCCCACCUGGGGGUCGACAUCGACGAGAGAGCCAUCGAUGAUCUGGCCCGAAGUAUUGACUUCAACAAGGACGGCAGUAUAGACUUCACUGAGUUCCUAGAGGCCUUCAGAGUGGUACACAAACUAGACAACAAGGAUCAGCAACUCAAUGGAAAGAUGGAUUGAGAGAAGUAUUCGUGAAGGGAAGAAUCUGAAUACUGCAGCGGGGAAGUCCUGCAUGAUCAGGAAGGAAGGAAGGAAGGAA